CUAAACUCACAACAGUACAAUCAAUCUGUAUAUGAAGUAAAGCACGCUUGUUAUACUCACUGUGGAACUUAGGGGGUUAAUCCUCUGCAUUGUGUAAAAAAGAUGUUUGAUUCUGUCUUCUCUGAUCCUCCCCUUCUUCCACAGUCCCCAUUUCAUCUCCUGAUAGAACAGAGCCUUUGGGACAAGCUGCACAUGCUCAGUUUAGUGUGUAUUGCUAGAGAGAUUUUUUUUUUUUUUUUCUUGGGAGGGGUGCAUGUGAUCAGCACAGGGCCAAUCAGUACUGUCCAGACACUGGGUCAGGGGUCAUAUAGCCUCAUAACACAAUCAGGGGAGAAUGGAAACUCCUCCUACAAGCUUUAACCUGUGCUCUGCUGGACACUGAUAGAAAUGAGAAAAUGUAUUUAGCAGUUUAUAUUUACUAAAAUAAUUGCAUUUCCAUGUUCUGUGUACUGUGGGAGACCAGAUAUAGUGAAU